CGGUAACGUGCAAUCUCUACCUUGACAAUUAUUGACGCGCAUACAAUGAAAAGCUGCCGAUUCGGUGGUCGUUGUGUUGCUCUUGUCGGAUUGUUCGCCAAGCCGCACAUGGCGUUUGUUGCGAACCGAUUGGCCGUAGUCGGGGCGAGCAACCCAGCAGUCAGCUUUUCGUCAACUUUGUACGCACCAAAAGCGUUCCGCAUGAGCAGCUCCCGCGCGAGCUCUACGAGCGGAGCUGCCGCGCCCAUCAAGCACAUUGGCAAAGCCGAAAUGCAAGAGAUCCUCGAAGACUACGAGGAUGGAGGCACCGAAGAGUCUCGCUACAUCGUUAUUGACGUUCGCGGUGACGACGAGGUCAUGUAUACUGGCAAACUCGCACCGUCGGUAAUUACCUUACCGAUUCAAGUCAUCAUGAGCUCCAACGCCUUUCAAAUGGAUCCGGAUGAUUUCGAAGAGGCAUUCGGGUUCGUCAAACCUGAUUUAGACGACACACUAGUGUUUACCUGCGCUGCGGGAGUGCGGAGCGUAUACGCUUGUCAAGCUGCCGCCCGAGCCGGCUAUUCGAAGCUCGUCAAUUACGUUGGAGGCGCUAACGACUGGUUCACAUAAAAUACUCUGAUAAAACCACCAGCACCCUUCG